GGAUAGAAACUGUAAAGCAAGGUAAUUUCCAGCUUCUCAAAUUCAUUGGAGAGAAGAUUAUGAGAGAAGCUAUAGAUAUAAAUAAUAAGCGCUCAAUUCGCAAAAUUGUUGAAUAUACUCUUAGAGAAGCUCAGGACAAGGAAUGGGAUUUUAAUGAAUUUAUCAUAAUGGGAACAUGGAAGCCUAAGAAAAAAAUCUCUGCAACAAUCGCUUUAUGA